CAAUAUAACAUGGUACUAUGGUAGCGACUGAUAUGCUGCACUUGUCUCUUCACUUUCUAAUCAUAAUUAAUUAAUUAAUUAAUUUCCUUCCUCCCGUCCGCAGUUCUUUUCCAGUUGGUUGUGGCUACCAGGAUCAACAAUCUCACUUUUGUGUUAAAAGAGGUACAGGAACAAGCAGAGCAAGUAGGCAAAGGUGAAAUUAAGAAAAAAUGGAAGUGAGUAAUAAAUACAUAGUGAUAAAGCAUCACUUCGAAGAUGCACCAAAAGAGUCAGAUUUUGAGAUAAAAACAGAGGCUUUAGGUUUGUCAGUGGAGGAAGGAAGUGAUGAUAUGAUAGUGAAAAAUCUGUAUAUCUCUAUUGACCCAUUUCAGAUCAACCGCAUGAAGAGCUUUAGCGCUUCCCAAGAUGCUAUUAGCUAUUCCACCCGCAUAACUCCGGGCAAGGCAAUUGAUGGUGCUGGUAUUGGAAAAGUUGUGGCUUCUGGUAACAAUAAGUUCGUGAAAGGUGAUUUGGUUCUUGGAGUAUUCACUUGGGCUGAGUACUGUUUAGUGAAAGAAAGAACCAUCAUGAGAAAACUAGAGCCCUCCGAAUUUCCACUCACUUAUCAUCUUGGGGUUCUAGGGCUUGGGGGAAUGACAGCUUAUGUGGGAUUUUUUGAAUUAUGCAAACCCAAAAGGGGAGAAAAGGUUUUUGUGUCAGCAGCUUGUGGAAGUAUUGGAAGUUUGGUUGGGCAAUAUGCAAAGCUUUUUGGUUGCUAUGUUGUUGGUUGUGUUGGAAGUCAAAACAAGGUGGCAUUUCUUAAAGAUAAGCUAGGAUUUGAUGACGCAUUCAAUUACAAAGAAGAAAUAGAUCAAAGCUCUACUCUUAGAAGGUAUUUUUCUGAGGGAAUUGACAUAUAUUUCGACAAUGUUGGAGGCAAGAUGCUGGAAGCAGUGAUUGAUAAUAUGAACAUAUUUGGUAGAGUAGCUGUUUGUGGAGCAACAUCGGAGUAUAUUGAUAUAAGAAAGAGAGCAUCACUAGAUUUAGUUAAUGUUAUAUAUAAGAGAAUCACCAUACAAGGGUUUUUAACUCCUGACCUCAUGAUUCACCAUUUUCAAAAUUUUAUGAUAAAAACAUCAAAUUAUCUUCGAACUGGCGAAUUACAAGUGACUGAAGACAUCUCAUUGGGUAUAAAAGGCAUCCCUUCUGCUUUUGUAGGCCUCUUCAAUGGAAGCAAUAUUGGAAAGAAAAUUGUUAAAUUAGUAGAAGAGGAAGAAUGAAAGGAUUAUAGAAAAUAGAGUAUGAGAUAUAUAGUAGAAGGUUUAAAUAUCAAACUUUUCAGUUUAUGUAUGUAUGUAGUGUAUGGUGAACUUUAUAUUAACAAUAAGAAUAAGAAUAAGAAUAACG